GCGGCUAGGGCUUAGUUUUGGAAAAAUCCUGUGGUCUCUCUCUCUCUCUCCUCUCUCUCUCUCUCGCGUGGAAAAGCAAAACCAUGGGCAGUUUUUCUCUGUGUGAUGCAAAUCCAAAACCUGCCAACCCAAAACCAGCUGCUCCGCUCUCUGUAUCUGCUAACGCACGCUUUCUCCACCUAUAUCACUCGCCACAAUGUGCCUUUUCCGAAUCAUCUUUUCACUUUCCUUCUCUCUGUCUCUCUCUGUCUCUAUCUCCAAGGAAACUGAUCGAUAGAAAGCUGCAAAAGCUGAUUGAAGAAGGGGCCUCGAUCAGAACAUGGUGAUGUAACGCUUCAAUCCCGUCUCGGAGAACUUGGGCGUUCUCGGGUGAAUCUUGAAAAUCCGGUUUCUGGGUCUUGUUCUGGAGAUCAUUUCGGAUACUGGGUAUGUUUCUAUUCUAUCCAAAGUGAGCGGUCCUGAAAACACUUGCUAUUCUAGGAUUUGGUGGGCAAAGUAGAUUUGUUUUUAGGCAUUUUCUAAUUGGCAUAUAGGAGUUAAGUAGAGUAGAAAGUUACAGCUAGUUUUUGAAUCUUUUCAUGGAACCUAACAGUUUACCAGGUGGGAUGUACUCAACCAUGGGCUCUGGAAUGCUGGGCUUGGAGAUGUCACUGCACCACCAGCCACAGCCAAUCCCUUCUCAAAACCCUAAUGUGCAGCACAGCCCACAUCCCCAAAUGAUGGUUUUUGGCCAUUCUGAGCCCGAUCACCACUCCCAAUCCCAAAAACAAGGCUACCCAAUCAACACUCAGAAAGCCAAACCCCAGCAAUUGACUCUCAGCGAUGAAGAUGAACCUGGAAUCACUAAUGAAGACAGUGGUGGAGAUGGGAAAAGGAAGGCUUCUCCAUGGCAAAGAAUGAAGUGGACUGAUAACAUGGUGAGGUUGCUGAUAAUGGUCGUGUACUACAUCGGCGAUGAAGCCAGCUCCGAAGCGGCCGAUCCGAAGAAGAAAGGCGGGGGCUUUUUGCAGAAGAAAGGGAAGUGGAAAUCGGUUUCUAGAGCGAUGAUGGAGAGAGGGUUCUAUGUCUCUCCGCAGCAGUGUGAAGAUAAGUUCAAUGAUCUGAACAAGAGGUACAAGAGAGUGAACGAUAUACUCGGGAAGGGCACGGCCUGCCGGGUGGUGGAGAAUCAAAGUUUGCUCGAUUCCAUGGACCAUUUGUCCCCCAAAAUGAAGGAAGAGGUCAAAAAGCUUCUCAAUUCAAAGCACUUGUUUUUCCGGGAGAUGUGUGCUUAUCACAACACUUGCGCCGGCGGCGCUGGGGCUUCGGGUGCCAGUCCGUCGACUGAGGGGGCUGGAGAGCCGACUCAGAUUCAGCAGCAGCAGCCGGCGGCGCAGCAGCAGCAGCAGCGGUGUUUCCAUGCGUCGGUUCAUAAUGCCUCGAUGGGGCCUAAUUCGGGGAGAGUGGAGGAAGACGACUACGACGAGGAAGACGAGGAAGACGAGGACGAGGAGGAGGAUGACGAAGAUGGGGCUGUGGGGAGCGGGUUGAGAGGCCAUGAGGACGAAGAUGGAGGGGAAGAAAGGGCGAUGAUGAGAAAGAGGGCGAGGAAAGGGGGGAUGUGGAGUCCGGCGACGGCGGCGCUGCAACAAAUGGCAGGGGAGAUGGCGAGUGUGUUGCAGGACGCAGGGAAGAGCGGGGCGGAGAAGAGGCAGUGGGUGAAGGGGAGGCUGAUGCAGCUGGAGGAGCUGAGGGUGGGGUACCAUUACGAGGAGUUGGAGCUGGAGAAGCAGAGGCUGAAGUGGGUGAAAUUCAGCAGCAAGAAGGAGAGGGAAAUGGAGAGGGAGAAGCUCAAGAAUGAGAGGAUGAUGCUGGAGAAUGAGAGGAUGGUGCUGUUGCUUAGGCAGAAGGAAUUGGAAUUGGGUGAUCUUCAGCAUCAGCAGCAGCAAGGUUCUUCCAGCAAGAGGAGUGACCCGUCUCCCAUUUCGGGAUGAAUGAAUGAAUGAAUGAAUCUGUGCAUAUGGAUGUGAUGGAUAGUAGUAGAUUAGAUAUAAAAUAGAGAUAAUAGAUGGAAUACCAUUUUUGUUAUGCUCUUCCCAUUUGGUUGUUUAUGUAGUAUAAUGGUAUCAGCUUUAUCA